AGCAAGACAUUGUUGCUCGAACAGGUGUUGCAAGGGCCUAUCACUGUUUGGGGUGGGGGAAAGAUCGGAUCUUUCGCACAUCUUCCGUCGUGAUGGAUUCGUCGCGGUGGAGGGCGAAUCCGAAUGCCGGUGGGGAAGGCGGUUUUCACGUGGCAGAUCCUAGACAGCAUGCAGGUGUCGCAUAUGCUACAUCCCCACCCCCAAGUAUGCUACCGUUCCACAGGGGAGCCGUCGAGGGAAUGCAAGGGCAGGCCAUGGGAGUUCCUUCGGGACCUGGGAUGUCGAUGCCGCGCAUGCAGUCCAUGAUUGCACCUCCGCGAUUGCCUUCGCACCCUGCACCACAGACGAUGCCAGCCGGGGCAGGACGCACUUCGAGCGAUCAGUCGGCGCCCAUGAUAGACGUCGACAGCGAUGAAAACGGUGAAGUGCCGGCGGAUACAACCGGUUGGACGCCUGGAGGAGUUGGCGAUGGUGAGGGCACAUGGCAUGAUGACACGGGCGGGUCCAGUUACGGGGCAGAUGAAGGAGACGACGACGRCGACACUUCCACGCAGCCGGGGGAGAUGAACGAUGAAGAUGGUGGUCGWCGUGUGGAGGAGGGGGGGGUUCAAGGGCGUCCAGGCGAGGAUGUGAAUGUGGCGAAGGGUAAUCAGCAGAAGCGUCGUGGCGGGCGGCCUCCGACCGCCAACCCCAAACCGAAGGUGUCGUGGACGUUGGACGAGAGGAUCCAUCUCGCGAGGAUGAUGCAAGAGGACGACGCCCUCAUGGCGGACGCCGACGGCCAACAUCGCAUGAUGGCGAUGAAGGAUCGGUACGCAUGGGUCGUCGCACGGAUGAAGGAUGUCGGGUACAUGCACAGGACAGCGGAGGAUUGCCGGAAGAAGUGGAUGAACAUGAUGACAACGGCGAAGCUCAUCCUCGACAAGCAACAGAAGAAGUCGGGGGAGCCAUCGUAUUUUGACGUAACAAUUGAGGAGCGGAGAGAGAGGAAACUGCCGCUGUCUUUCGAGAAGGCGUUGUGGGACGCGAUGACGUGGAAACUUGAUCGACCAUCCAUCUAGUGCGGCAAAACUAUGGCAUCGGAGUCACUCCUGGGGAAACGACAGGAGCCAUCACCGACG